AUGUAGCCUCCGUCUGCGUUUGUGGAUCUCGACUCCCUCAUCACCAUAAACAAGCAGAGUGCAGACUCCUCCCCGUGACCUUUGGAAAAUCUUCCAUGUUUUUUCAUUCUGUUGAGCACCUGCUGAGUUACAUGUUCCCUCCUCCUCAUCUCAGCCACAGACGCAUCAGAAGUCAAUCCACAUUCUUUAUCCACUUCAGAAAUGUUUCACUCUUGGGUAUUUCUGCUUCUCCUUGUCCCAGGAGGGCAGAUGUUUAUGAUCCAUAACACGCAGUAUGGCCUGUGUCUGGAGGAGUCAGCUGACACAGGUCAAGUUCUCCUGAAAAAGUGUGACCUGGACUCUCAAGCUCAGCAGUGGCUCUGGAUCAACCAGGGCAUGCUGAUGUGUGUCGGAUCCUGCAGGUGUCUGUCGGCUCAGCAGAACCAUCCGGUCCAAACCCAGGCCUGUCCGGAGUCAGACCAGGAAGCUCCAGAGCUGAUGUGGGACUGUAGCAGUAACAGACUCAGCAGCAGAAACACGUCCUUACUGUUGUCCACCGACGGCCAGCGUGUGAUUCUCGAUAACCACCUCAAGCACUUUGAGUGGAAGUCUCUUGACGUGGGCGACAUCUGUCAGACAAGCCUCCGGCUCCGGAGAGCGUCUGAGGACCAGGACCCGUUAGCUGAUCCGGAGGAGGCAGCAGCCGGGAUGAAAGGCAUGACAGAGGAGGAGAGAGAGAAAUACCGCUGGUUCUACCGCACAGAGGACCCAACUAUUUGGACUUUUGUGCUUUUGGUUCUGGCUUUUGUCUGUUUGCUGAUCGGGUUUUUGCUGCUGGGAAUGGGAGCCAUGGCCAACAAGAGCAGAAAGAAGAUAGCUAAAUACAAAGCCCAAGUAUCCCUUGUUAAGAAGCAUGAAGGUGAAGAGCUUCAAGUAAUUUCUACUCUUCGGGAUAACGGCACAUCUCCACUGCCCCAGGGUCACACGUCAUCCAUGUCUGAAGGUGACACAAAGGAACUGAAAGCAGGGGAAAUUGUGGUCACAUGGAAAGACGGCAACACCUCCUGCUUGUAUCCAGAUCAUGUUUUAGAGGAAAGACAGGAGGAGCUGGAGAAGGAGCAGCAGGAGAAACGGGAGGAAGUGUGGCAGGAGCGAGAGGCUGAUGAUGAGGGGAGGAUGACAGAGUGAAUACUGGUCUGUCCCUCAGCUUUUAAAGAGAUCCACCAUUAGUUGUAAUAAUAGACUUUAUUUGAGGAAUAUUUAUUCAGAAAAAAAAAACAAUAAAUAAAAAUACUGCUUUCAAAAUUGAAAUAAAAUAUUGUCACAUGGACGUUGCCAUAUUGUUUACACUGCAGUGAAUUCUGGGUAAAUGAUGUUCGCUUGGUCCAGUUGUGCUAGCUCCGUCCAGCUAAAUCUGCAAUGAGUAACAUUACGACUUUUUAAUUUGAACUGGAGUGUCUUGAAGUUGAUGGGAAUGUAGAAAUCACCAGAAAUAAUGAAGAUGAGGAGAAACAAACAAAGGAAGAGGACAGAGUUGACUGAAGAAGCUGGUCUUUGUGCUGCUGCCACCUUCAGCUUCAUAGAUGGAACAAUAAAUGACACCUACUGCUGCUCAGACUGUGUGAUCCAAUAAGUAAUUGAGGUGUUCUGAAUCAGGUCUGGUCUUUGGUCCGGUGUCAGGUCUGUGCUUUCACAUUUAAUACUGACAGCAGAAGCAAUAGCUCCCUUAUCAUUUCAAAUAGCUUCCAGCACUGUUUCUCCCAGGUGCUUUGUGAAUAAAAAGUGCUAGCACUGCAACUGGUUUUAGCUUGUGAAGGUAACCUGCUAGAUCCUUCAUCAGUUUUGCUCUUACAAAUAAUUCAGUCUUCUGGAGAUAAAUGUUGAGGGAACAAUUGUGUCCUUUCAAAGUUUUUUUCAUGUGGGAAGCAAAGCAGACUCACCACACUACUAUUAAAAAAAUCACAGCCAACUCCGACACAGUGUCACACUGUCUAAAAUUACACCAGUCGAACGCAAUAUGAUAAACAACAACUUCGGUUAAGUUGUUUAGUCUCAGAUUCCAGUACAAAACGGACCAACUGCCCCAACGCAACAGGGUGAAAAAAUGGUGACUUCCAUGGGUGAAAAAUAUAAUGAAAGAUGAAACAUUUUUUGAAGAAAUUAUGACUUUUUAUGUAUCUCAAACUGCAAUUUUUGAGUUAGUAGGGAAAAUGCAACAAAUAUAGGACAUGUUCAACUAACUGUGGAUCACUUUAAAGUUUCCUGUCAUUUACAUUUAAUAAACUACAAAGCUCUAAAGAUGUUUUUUCAACAAUCAUGUGACUGACUGCAUUCUCCAGUCUGCACUCUUUGAUGUGAACUGUUCACAAAUCUUUAAAUCCCUUCAACCUCUUCUGUUUCUGUCUUGUGUAAUCUUGACUCAAUAGUGACUGCUGCCACAAGCUCACCUGAAACCACUGCAGGUCUUAAUGCAGCCAAGGUGGUGUAUGCAUCAGUGUCAUCCGGUGAGGUUCAUGAUUCCUCUGGAGUCAGGUGUACAAAUAUUUAAAACCCAAAACAGAAGUGGAGAUUUAAAUUUAGCUCUUAUUUUGACCUUAACUUAAACAUUUAGUUGUAUUAAAAGCUUUCAAUUGUGCUUUAAUCAAUUCUAUACAUGAUAACAACACUAUAGCAAGAAUAACAGAAUACUAUUUUAUAAAACUGAAAUUAGAUUUUUUUUUUUUUUGGCUGAUUCUUUUCUAACGAAAAUUUAAAAUGAUUUCAUUAUAUUUGUAAUAUAAAGUCCAUUCCCACAAAUAUUUGUUUCACUUUUGUAAAAAUUGCUCAUUUGCCUUCAUUUUUAAAAAUCUGGCAGCUUUAAUGGAGCUGAUCAGCAUGGAGGAGAGCAAAAAUAUGAAAUAGUUCUAUUCUCACUGAGUGUUCUUGUACUUUUCUUAUUGUUUUCAGUCUUUUUAAUUUGUAGAACACCUGUUGCCCUUUGUGUCUAUUUGGUUCAGCGCCUCACCACCAUCAGUGGGACAGCGUAUCGUGCUUUCUGCCUAAUUUUCUUAAUUUUGACUGCUCAUUUGUGACUGAUCAAAAGGACUAAAUAUGCCACUCUCAGUAUGUUAGACAGACUGUGAAAUAUCAGCAUGUAGAAUUAAACAUGUAUAUUGAUAAUAUAUAGGAAUGUUUGUGCAUCAGCUGCCUGCUUCAUUCACUCUGUGACACAGUGCCCCACCUUUCCUCUCUUCCUCCAUGUGUUUGAACAAACGAUGCUUCAAUUCAGCAAUUGUGAUUUAACUUGUCAGGAUGACACGUGAGGAGCGGUUUUCCCUGGUAUGCAUGCUUUUUUCAAUGCCAGUUGAUGCACCAAGGGUCAUAUUGAAAACACUUUGUUGUCGUGUAGUGGACUGAGUCAGCUAAAGUAUGUCUAAUUUCACAUCUUUGCAUCCUGUAUAUGGUAACUUGUAUGUACUAUAUUCAAAAUCAGUUUACAAUCUGUUUGACAGUAAAACCACAACAUUACCAGUAAGUGCUUAAAGUCUCCAUUUAGUAUAUGUCGUCUUCACUGUAAUGUGUUGUAUCUCUUUUUGUUGAAACUUUUUCCAAAAUGGAACAAGGUUAUACCUUAGUGGUAAAUGGACUGAA